AUGGAUCCUCCUGGCCAGAUCGCAAAGACGAGGCACUUGUCGGAGGCCGAAGAGGAGGCCGAAAAGUACUUGGAAAACUUUUAUAAUGUGGCGGAAGCGGACAAGAGACGGCCUAGUUUUGUGCGAAGAGGUGCCAUGAAUCAGGUUCAUUCUAGGGAAACCACGUCCCGAGAAUGAGUUCUUCUUCAGGCACAAUUCGACGAGAAAUUUGAUUACAACAAACCGCACAUUGAAAAUGAGGUCAAAAAGCAGUCGAAGAAAUUUGUCAGGCGAUUCUACGAGCCGUUCACCUCUUGUGCGGCCUUCAAAAUGUUCAUUUUCGACCUGAUUCCUAUUCUGAAAUGGUUUCCCGAAUACAAAUGGAAAUCCGAUCUGAUGGCUGACGUGGUCGGAGGGCUCACAGUCGGUGUGAUCCAAGUACCCCAAGGUUCCUAUCUUUCUGUAUGAGUCUUUGACUCUCAAUGUGUUCAGGCAUUGCCUAUGCUCUGUUGGCCAAGCAGCCAGCCAUAAACGGACUGUACACUUCGCUGUUUCCGCCGCUCAUGUACAUGUUCUUGGGCACAUCGAGGCACUCUAGUUUGGGUUAGUUAAGAGCGGAAAUGAGCUAGAGCCGGGCGGAAAUAUUCAGGAACAUUCGCCGUGCUCUGCCUCAUGACAGGUCUUUCCGUCGAAAGAUUGGCCGCCCCGCUGGAUUACGAAUCUUCGAAUAUGACGGAAAUUGAGAGGGCCGCGUUUCCAACGCCCACCGAGAUCUCGUGCACUCUCACGAUCACAAUGGGCAUGAUUCUGGUGACGGAAAAGGAAAAAGUACUGAUUGUUGUCAAUGUUUGCAUAUUUCAGUUUCUGAUGGGCAUUCUGCGUCUGCAAUUUCUGACCACCUACCUCUCGGAUCAAGUCAUCGCCGGCUUCACAGUCGGCUCGUCCGUCCACGUGCUCGUUUCCCAACUCAAAACUCUUCUGGGCAUCCGUGGAUUGCCACGUUACAGUGGCGCAUUCUACCUGUUCCGUCACCUCUACGAUAUCGCGCUGGCACUUCCCCGCACGAAUUUGGUGUGCUGUGGUAUCUCGCUCGUCUCCAUUGUCAUCCUGCAUUUGGGCAAAGAGUUCAUCAACCCCUUCCUCAAAAAGAAAACCAAAUCGAGCAUUCCGAUCCCGUGGGAACUGAUUGUCGUCAUUGUUUCGACUAUUUUCGUGGCGGCUACUGGAGUGGAUACUAGCGAUAAAGUGCAAAUUGUGAACAAGAUUCCAGUGGGCGCUCCGGAGAUGGCAAUUCCUAGAUUCGACAUCAUUCCUCUAGUGCUUCCCGAUGCGAUCAGUAUCACUAUUGUUGGAAUCUCUGUUUGGCUCUCAAUCAGUAAAAUGCUCGCCAAGAGCAAGAGCUACGAGUUGGAUGCGGGACAAGUGAGAGAAAAAAAAUAACAGUUUCAGUCAGAAUCAAUCUGAUUCCAGGAGUUGUUCGCCCUUUCCGUCCCGAGCAUCGCCUGCAGUUUCAUUCCUUGCAUUCCAAUUUCUUGCUCCUUGAGCCGAACUAUGGUGGCCGUGGGAGCGGGCUGCGCAACUCAAUUAUCGAUAUUGUUCUCUUCGAUUCUCGUGUUUCUUGUCGUAUUUUUCCUCGCAACACUUUUGGAGACGCUUCCAAUGGUAAAAAAGGGGACAACGCCUUCACGAACGAUACAUUUUAGGCCGCCCUAGCUGCCAUCAUCUGCGUGGCGUUGCAAGGAAUGUUCCGAAAGUUUUCGGAUCUUGGAAACCUCUGGAAAGUGUCCAAAAUUGACUUUGUACUACCUACUUUCCCCGUCUAUUCCUCUCGAUUACUUUUUUCAGACAAUCUGGCUGGUUUCGUGCGUCUCCACAGUCCUUCUGGAUGUUUCCACUGGAUUGAUCAUCUCCGUCGGCUUCGCGCUGUUCACAACGAUCCUCCGGGAACAAUAGUGAGUACAGAUGUGAGUACUGGCAGGGAACUAUUCAAUUUCAGUCCGAAAUGGCAUCUUCUGGCAUCUGUGAAGGGAACUCAAGACUUCAAGGAUGCGCAGAGAUACGGGGAGUCCGUCUAUUUCCAGGGCAUCUGCAUCUUCCGGUUCGACGCUCCGCUGCUCUUCCACAACGUCGAAUGGUAGAUUAUCGAAAACGUGUUCUUUUUGAAACACAAGUUUCAGUUUCAAAAAGUCUGUGGAAAAAGCGUAUAUCGAAUGGCAGAAGUCACACGAAUUUUACGUUCUGCGCGAGGAACGAGAUCAGUAUCUGAAUCCAAAGUUGGAGGAUUCCGAUGAUUCGAAUGAUGAUGGGAGAACCGUAAACAGUUGUUAUUUUUGAAUACAAUAAUUUUAUUCCAGUUCCAAACAGCGCAUUCCACUCUGAACACUCACUCUCCCGACAUUCUCUCCCGCCAUUUCGUCAUCGACUGCUCCGGAUUCACAUUCAUUGAUCUGAUGGGAGUCAGUGCUUUGAAAGAGGUCAUUCACAUUCACUUUCCUUUCCUUUUCAACUCUAUUCAAUUUCAUUUUCAGAUUUUCUCCGAUAUGAGAAAACGCGGGAUUCUAGUGUACUUUGCGAACGCGAAAGCUCCGGUCCGCGACAUGUUCGACAAGUGCCAUUUUUUCAAAUUCGUUCCUAAAGAAAACUUUUAUCCGACAAUGCGGGACGCCACGAGUAUUGCACGACAACGACAGUUAGAGUGAGCUUGAAUUGAGAAUCGAAAGAGUUCACAGGAAAUGUUUCAGACUAGGCUUCAAGGACACCGGCUACGUUCCUGAGCACGAUCGACUGACGGAAGUGCUCAGUUCGCAUCCGAUGUAG